AUGAGUAAUCCAAAUAGAGCUUCACGCCAUGCGUCUGGCAUACUCCCUUCAAAACAAUUCUUUGCUCCUCGAAAACCAAUACCUUCAUACCCAUCCUCUGCGAGACGAAAAUCUACACUCUCAGCCACGUUUCCUGGCUCGCCGACGUCAAACAGUUUCUUAUCGCUGGAGCCGUCAACACGAACACCUAUAACAUCACUGAUCUUGGAAGAGGGUAGUUCGACUAAUUCACAACGAAACUCCAUUCCACUCGACUCUUUGUCGUCACCUACUCAGGAGACAACUAUUCAUACGACAGACGGCAACCCGACUCCAGUUGUUCGACAGGGUCCAUAUCAUGCUCGUCGGUCAAGACAGUCGGGUAUAUUAUCGGCUGCUGGAGUGCUGGAUCCGACUUCUCCUUCAUCAAUGUCGGAACCCACUUCCUCUGUCCGUGGUAGAUUAUCCGACCCUAUGGGUGGUAUUAAUAACAAGCGACUGUCAUCCAAACAUAAUUCAUUUCUUGCUGUACCAUAUUCAUCUGUGAAUGCAAAACCUAAUGCUCAAUUAACGUCGCAUACGGGUGGAACUGAAGGAGAUAGUAAAGGACGGAGAAGAGUAUACCAAUUAUGGCCUGGGAAGAAUAGGUUUUUCUUGGGAGGGAGGAUUAUGACUAGUAGAGAUUUUCCUGCAUUUGUGGUUGCACUUUCUGCUCUGAUUAUACCAUCAUCACUAUUCCUGGCUUUCACGUAA